GCCGUGGAGGCUCCCAUACGAAGGCGACGGCGGUCGUCUGUAUUUCGGUUGUAAGGUCUCCAGAAAAAGCGGAAUAACUCCGAACAGACAGUGAAUUCAACAGACUUCCACGUUGAGAUUUUUUUUUAAUUCUUCCUUGUCCAGCUUGUGGCGGGACUCUGGAAUGACGGGGUGUGCUGGGAAUUUGAAUUAGCUCGCCGUUAGUUUGAAGAAAGAGUGAGUCUGGGUAGAGAGAGAGCGAGGAGCCAUUUUGUUCCGACUGUGUGGGAGAAAAGAAAGAGUGGAAAAGAGGAAUCACACGAGAGGAGAUUCUAUUUUUCGCUUUCUGUUCUAAUGCUCUAAGGGGAGAAGCAGUCAUUUGGGAACCAACUUCUCGGACACGUCGGCGGGCACGUUAUUUUGGAGGUUUUUUAGCCAACUAGCUUGCCAAGCUAAUCAACAAAUCCCAGAUCGUUAACUGUCCCACAGUCAAGAGGAGCGGGCAGUUGGUCAAGCUGACAAAGGAGCCGGCUUUAGACUCUACGAACGCGUGCUAGCUAUUCCGUUUUUUGUAUCUUUUUCCGGGUCAACACACGCUAUUAUUCAAUGGCGAAGAAGACGUACGACUUGCUGUUCAAGCUGCUUCUGAUCGGGGACUCGGGCGUGGGGAAGACCUGUGUGCUGUUCCGCUUCUCUGACGACGCCUUCAACACAACCUUCAUCUCCACUAUAGGAAUAGACUUCAAGAUCAAAACUGUUGAAUUACAAGGAAAGAAGAUCAAACUACAGAUAUGGGACACAGCCGGCCAAGAACGGUUCCACACCAUCACCACUUCCUACUACAGAGGUGCCAUGGGCAUCAUGCUGGUCUACGACAUCACCACCGCCAAGAGCUUCGAAAACAUCAGCAAGUGGCUGCGCAACAUUGACGAGCAUGCAAACGAGGACGUUGAGAGGAUGCUGCUAGGCAACAAGUGUGACAUGGAGGACAAGCGGGUUGUACCAAAGGCCAAGGGGGAGCAGAUUGCGAGGGAGCAUGGCAUUAGGUUUUUUGAGACAAGUGCUAAAGCCAACAUCAACAUCGAGAAGGCUUUCCUCACGUUAGCAGAAGACAUCCUCAGAAAGACACCUGUAAAAGAGCCCAACAGUGAAAACGUGGACAUCAGCACCGGAGGUGGAGUCACAGGCUGGAAGAGCAAGUGCUGCAGCUGAACAACUCUUCAGUGUCACUCAUGAACACACACAAAUGCCGACACACACGCACACAAAUACAUAUUUCUCUUUUCUCUCUAACUCUCGCUCUCUAAUAUGUCUCAUGAGUUUUCUUGCACACUGACACUCUUUAUCAGAAUAAAACAAUAAACUACAUCACUCAUCUUGUCCCCCUCCUACACCAUAAUUCUCUACUCUCCAUCUGAUGAUCAUUUUUAUUUCUGAUAAAAAGAGAUUCAGUCACGUUUUUUGUCAUUUAUUUUAAAAGUUGUUCAAAAAAAAAUUAAAAGUAAAAAAGCGUGAAAAGACAAGCUCAUAUUUUUAAUAUUUCCUUUGCCUGAGCUCACCCACCUUUAAUCACACCCCCACCCACAGAACUCACUUUCAGUCAGGAAAUCUAAAUAAAAUAAAUCAAACAAAAAAAGGACAUAAGUGGGAUUAACAUUUUGUACACUUAGUGGGGUUUCUGUUGUCUAACAGUAUUUGGUCAUUUACAAUUUGUUACCAAGUGACAGAGGCGUGGCUAGCUCCUUUUUGUAUGUGGGGUUUAUUUUGUCCUGUGCCUUAUAUGGAAGACAGGGGCGGGGCUGUGUGGUGGGUGGAGCCACAUCCACCCGAUGAAAAUUACUGUUUGAUAGUUCAAGCUGAAUGCUGCAGCAGAAGGUUUGAAUUUCUCCUCCAGCCAAGAGAACGGCAUUAUACAGUUUGUCCUGUUUUUUGAUGUUUUAUUUUUAUCUGUAUGAUUUAUUUUUACUUUUUUCCCUAUUUGGGGUUUUUGUUUUUUUCCUGCAUGCAGAUUUUUUGGGUUGGAAGCGUUCUGUAACAUUGUGUAACGUUCUCCACUGGGUAACGGGGCGGGAGGUACAGAAGUUCUCUUUGGAAAUUCAAACAGUUUUGCAGAUCCAUUAAAAAUAAGCUUGUUUAAGUUAA